AUGGCGGCGGCGGCGGCGGAGGAGGCGCGGCUGCUGGCCUGGCUGCGCGGCCCGGCCGCGGGGCCCGCCGGCCCUGAGCUCGCCGCCUAUGUGUCGGAGCUGGCGGCGCUGGGGCUGGCGGAGCUGGGCCGGGAGCCGGCGCGGCUCGCGGCGGAGCGGGAGCGGGUCGGGGCCGAGACGCGCCGCCUCGCCUUCGAGCACUACCGCGCCUUCAUCCGCUCCGCAGAGUGCACCGGCCGCGCCGGCCGCGGCUUCGGCGGCAUAGAGAGCCGCCUCGGCAGCCUGCUGGAGCGGCUGCCCGCGCUGCAGGACGCCUGCCGGACCUUCAUGCGUGAUGCUGAGGCGAUCGCCUGCAGCCGGCGGAUGAACAGCCUGACCCUGAACCGGCACACAGAGAUCCUGGAGAUCCUGGAGAUCCCACAGCUCAUGGACACCUGUGUCCGCAAUGGCUACUACGAGGAGGCACUGGAGCUUGCGGCCUACGUGCGCCGGCUGGAGAGGAAGCACAGCAGCAUCCCCGUGAUCCAGGGCAUCGUGGAGGAGGUGCGCCAGUCUGCCCAGCUGAUGCUGAACCAGCUGAUCCAGCAGCUCCGCACCAACAUCCCACUGCCGGCCUGCCUGCGCGUUAUCGGCUUCCUGCGGCGCAUGGACGUGCUCACCGAGGCUGAGCUGCGCGUCAAGUUCCUGCAGGCGCGUGACGCGUGGCUGCGCUCCAUCCAGGCCUCCAUCCCCGACCACGACCCGUACGUGCACGUCACCAAGACCAUCGAGGCCUGCCGGGUGCACCUCUUCGACAUCAUCACCCAGUACCGCGCCAUCUUCUCGGAUGAGGAGCCGCUGGUGCCGGCCGAGGGCACGGUGCCUGCCGAGGGGGCCAUCUUCCAUGGCUGGGUGCUCCAGAAGGUCUCUGAGUUCCUGCAGACGCUGGAGCGUGACCUGGACCGUGGGGUGGGCAGCCGGCUGGACUCGCUGCUGGGGCAGUGCAUGUACUUCGGGCUGUCCUUCAGCAGAGUGGGUGCGGAUUUCCGCGGGCAGCUGGCCCCCCUCUUCCAGCGUGUGGCUGCCAAUACCUUUAGGAAGGCAGUGGAGGAGGCGGUGGAGAAAUUCCAGGAGGAGAUGAAUUCCUACACACUGAUCUCAGCGCCAGCCAUGCUGGGGGGCGGCGCGGCAGUGCUGGUGCCCACGGCCCAGCCCGGGACACUGCAGCCCCCCAUGGUGCUGCUGGACUUCCCUCCCCUUGCCUGCUUCCUCAACGGCCUCCUCGUUGCCUUCAACGACCUGCGGCUCUGCUGCCCCAUCGCCCUGGCACAGGAUGUCACUGCCUGCCUGGACAGUGCCCUUGGAGAGGUGACCAAAACCAUCCUGGCCUUCCACCGUGCGGAGGAGGCGGCUUUCAGUGGGCGGGAGCAGGAGCUCUUUGCCCAGUUCUGCAUGGCCUUCCUGGAGGACCUGCUGCCUUACCUGAACCGCUGCCUCCAAGUGCUUUUCCCUCCAUCGCAGAUCGCGCAGGCACUGGGCAUCCCCCCCACCCAGCUGCAGCGUUUUGGCCGCCUGGGCCGCAUCGACGUGGCCGCGCUCAGGGAGCCGCUGGCUUUCCUGCUUCCACCGGCACCAGGCGAGGAGGAGCCAGCCCAGGAGACCACCCUGUGCCCAGAAGGGGAAAUCGCGGCCGUGCCCACCGAGCCCCCGGAGAGCCCCCCCGAGGGGGCUGUGCUGCCAGGUGACCCGGUGGCCACGGGGUAACCGGGGAGCGGCGCGGCCGG